AUGCGGUUUCAGUUUCAUCACCACUUUGCAUCCUUUCGAUUUCCCAAUUAUCGGAAGCUAGGAUAUAAUAUACGGUUUUCAUUACCAAGAAGAGCUCAUUAUAUUCUUUUAUUGCCUACGGCAAUAUGUCUUUCACAACCGCGAGUUCUAGCAUAUAAUGAUGUACUUAAACCAGAUCCUUCAGGUGAUACUUUUGAGAUGGGUCUCUAUAUUGCCUCGCAGAAGGAACUCCGUGAAUUAUCCAAACAUCCAGAGCGGGUUAAAACAAGUCGAAAUUGCGUGAGCCGGUUUAUUCUAUAUAUCGUGCACCAACUUGACACCAAAUUUUUAGAGCCUAUACAGACAGUGUUGCGGUUUUUCACGUUGUCUGCGGUGUUUGUUCCUGUUCUGUUGGCGUAUCCCAUUACGUACUUUGGUCACACGGUUUCCAUCCACGGUAACACAACUAUUGUGAAAGAAACCUACGGUUCGUUAAUUUGGUAUCAAAUCGUUCGCAGGGCCUUAGAAUUUGCAGGGCCUACUUUUAUUAAGCUAGGACAGUGGGCAGGUUCCCGUACUGACAUAUUCGCUGAGGGAUUAUGCUUAGAGUUGUGCAACUUGCAUAGCAAUGCGAAACCACAUUCAUUGAAAUAUACCAAAGAGCAAAUUGUCAAAGCACUUGGGGUGGAAUCUUUUGAUGAUAUAUUUGAAGAAUUUGAUGCCAAAACAUUAGGUUGUGGGGCAGUUGCCCAAGUUUAUGUGGGUAAAUUAACGGACAAGAUUAUAAAGCAGAAACAGAUACAUUUGGGACCCGAUCAGAAUAAAUGGUGCGCAGUAAAAGUGGUACAUCCUAAGGCUACCAAACAGAUAAGCAGAGACUUAAAGAUCAUGAAAUUCUUUGCUGUCGCUAUUGAUAUGUUGCCUACAAUGGAAUGGCUAUCCCUCCCCACGGAGGUAGAACAGUUCUCGGUUCUGAUGAACUUACAAUUGGACCUAAGGAUUGAGGUAAACAACCUCAGAAAGUUCAACGAAAAUUUUGAGGGUGAUCCAUGUGUCAAAUUCCCUCAAGGAUUUCCAGAGUUGACUUCUAGAAAUGUACUGUUUGAGGAGUAUAUCCACGGAUUCCCCAUGGAGAUGUUUCUUAAAGUUAAAAAAUACAUAUCUAAUCCGGGUCUUUGCCAAAAGGUCAGUAGUCCCUUUAUCAGGUCAUUCCUAAAGAUGAUGAUUUUGGAUGAUUUCAUCCAUUCGGACCUACAUGCUGGCAAUAUUAUGAUCCGUUUUCUUAAAACGGACAAAUCUGAGAAACAUAUUCUAUCAACUGAAGCUGAGAUGUUUGAAGUUGUAAACAAUUUGAGGCGCAUGCAUAGGGACAACGAUCCAAAAUUCAUUGACACGCUACGCUCAGUACUAACUCAAUAUACCCCACAGAUUUGCUUCAUAGACACAGGGCUCAUCACCGAAUUGAAUGAUAGAAACCGUGUGAAUUUCAUAGCAUUGUUCAAUGCACUAGCACUGUUCAACGGUUACCGCGCGGGCGAACUCAUGAUAGAAAGGUCAAGAACACCGGAAACCGCUAUAGAUAAAGAACUCUUUGCCAUCAAAGUAGAAAAACUCGUUAAUAAUGUUAGAAAGCGCACUUUCACUCUUGGAAACGUUUCCAUAGGUGACCUCCUUCAUCAAAUGCUAACCAUGGUGCGCAGCCAUCACGUUCGAAUGGAGGGUGACUUUGUCUCCGUUGUUGUUGCAAUUCUCCUCCUAGAGGGCAUUGGAAGACAGCUAGACCCUGAUCUCGACUUGUUUGCAAGCUCCCUACCGUUUUUGCGUGAAUUCGGUAUGAAAAGAGAGCAUAAAGAUAAACUACAGGCCGUGGGUAAAUGGCCAAUGAUAAAAACUUGGCUUGGUUUAGAGUUACGCCAAUUUGUGAACCUGUCGGUAAAACAGAUUGAUGAUAUGGUGAAAACUGAUCAACUUUGUCCUAGCUACUAA